AUGACGUUCACAAUCCUAUCCGACAACGACGUGAAAUCCAUCCUCUCCUCCCUCUCGCAACAGGACGUGUCAAAAGUAGCAGACGACUUCAUCCAGUCCCUCGUCCAAUACUCCUGCCACAAUGAAGCGCAAUAUCAGCCCGAGCGUGCUGCCGUAAAGCGAGGACAGCAGAGCAGUUUAUUCAUGCCCGCAACAACCCCCCAGCACAUCGGCGUCAAGAUCGUCGGCAUCGCCCCUUCGAAACCGGCCAGCACGUCGCCCGACGCAAAACCAAAGCCAGGCCUCCAAGCUACCCUCACUGUGUGCGGUCCCGAGGGGAAAGCAGUCGGCGUGCUCAAUGCAGCGGAGAUUACCGCGUUCCGCACAGCCCUGGGGAGUAUGCUGUUGUACAGGCUGAGGAGGCGAACGGAGAACGUUGUUGUUUUUGGUGCUGGUGCGCAGGCUAGGUGGCAUAUUCGACUUGCGCUUAUCCUGCGUGGUGAGGAUAUCAAGAAGAUCACUAUUGUCAACCGGAGCAAAGCCAGGACGCAAGAGCUCAUCGAGAGAUUGAAGGAGAUCGGUAUACCGUCACAUGUCAACCUCGACGUGUUCGAACAGGAUGCGAGCCUGGAGGAUCUGAUCGUGGAUGCGGAUGUCAUCUUCUGCGGUGUGCCGAGCACAUCACCACUUUUCCCGGCUGCGUACCUAACGAGUGAGAAGGCGAGACGGAAGACGAGAUACAUCGCUGCCAUCGGGAGCUAUCGUCUUGACAUGCAAGAAAUCGACCCCGAGCUUCUCAAGGUCAUUGCAGAUCCUCAGAGCAGCUUCAAGGACGAGGUGUGGCAGGGCAAGGUGGCAGUCGAUAGCGCCGAGGGCUGCUUGGCAGAGGCGGGUGAAUUAGACAGAGCGGGUAUCAAGAAAAGGGGGAUGUUGGAGGUCGGUGCAAUUCAGGAUCUGAGGUCCAGUAGCCGUCCCGACGGGUUAGAAAGAUGGCUCAAAGACGGCUUCGUAAUCUACAAAAGCGUGGGUGUAGGUAUCAUGGACAUCGCAAUCGGAAGCAAGUUGCUCGAGCUGGCAAAGGAGAAGGGACGUGGAGUUCACCUGGACGACUUCUAG